AUGAGCUCCUUUAAUGGUUUCACUCUCCUCCUCCUUGUUUUUGCAUUUACCGUUGUUUCUGUUGAACCACGGCAGGGUUUGCCUACAGAAUUCACAAGGUGGCAUGUCUACGUCGUUAACGGAUUGAGCGAUGGUCGGAUGUUAUUCGUCCAUUGCAAGUCUAAAGACAAUGAUUUAGGUGGUCGAAAUCUUGAUGUCGGAACCAAUUUCACUUGGAGUUUUCAACAACAUAUUUUUCGAAGAACCCUUUUUUGGUGCUACGUGAGUAAAGAUGACAACGACUACGAUGGCGGCGGUGCUCAUGCUUCGUUCAAGGUGUUCUGGCAAGAUGUGCUUUUGUUUCACAAAUGUUCAUGGAAGGAUUGCAUUUGGAUUGCAAAGGAUGAUGGCAUUUAUAUAAAAAAUGUUCCUAGAAACGCCGAUGAGUUUCGUUGGCAAUGGAAACCUGGAUUGCUCCAACACUGA